AUGCAGCAGGCUAAAGGCCAAGUCAUGCUUUUCGCCUGGCUCUUCUGGCUUGCAGCCAGCAGCGCCGAGGAGGUGGAGGAGGUGGAGGAGGAGGAGGAGCGGGGUGUACCUGACACCUACUGCCGCGAGUCGCAGCUCUGUUCUCCCGCAGAAACACCCCGGAGUGGCCGCCACGAGUGCCUCCUUCUCUCGUCACCGGGCCCGGUGGCCGGGGCGGACAAAAGCUGCUCCGACCUGCGGCAGUUCUACACCGGGAAAGGGUUCACCCUGACCGAGGUACCUCAGACCGAGAUCUCCGGUGAACAUCUGAGGAUGUGUCCCCAGGGUCCGACCUGCUGCACCAGCACCAUGGAGGAGAGUCUGGCCGGUCUGACCGCCCGAGAGACCGAGGGACUGAUCAGAGAGGCCGGCAGGUCGCUGCAGGCCGCUUUCAACGCUCUCCACAGGAGCUUCGACACCUAUUUCACUGAGCUGCACAUUCACUCAGAGCGCUCCCUGCAGGAGGCGCUGUCUCCCCUCGGCCCUCUGUACUCCCAGAACACCCGUCUCUAUGGCGAUCUCUACACUGACCUACGACAGUACUACCGGGGCUCUGCUCUCAACCUGGACGAGACCCUGUCUGAGUUCUGGUCCCGCUUGUUGGAGCGCACAUUUAAAUCCUCCGCCCCUGCAGAGGUCAGCCUAUCAGAGGACUACCUUGAAUGUGUUGCUAAGCAACAGGAGACGCUGCGGCCAUUUGGAGAUGUCCCUCGGGACAUGAAGGCAAAGGUGAUCCGGGCUUUUGUCACAGCCCGGUCGUUUGUCCAGGGGCUGAUAGUCAGCGGAGAGGUGGUCAGGAAAGUCUCUCAGGUUUCCCUGAGUCCAGAGUGUAUGAAGGCUCUCAUGAAGCUGGUUUAUUGCCCUCACUGUCGUGGCAUGGCCUCGGUCAAACCCUGCUCUAACUACUGCUCCAAUGUCAUGAAGGGCUGCCUGGCCAACCAAGCCGACCUGAACCCGGAGUGGCAAAACCUCAUAGACACUAUGAUCCAGGUGGUGUCCAGUUUCAGCACAGAGCCCAGUCUCGACGUGGUUCUCUCCUCCAUCCCUGCUCGAAUCUAUGAGGCUGUUCACUACCAGCAGCAAAACAUGGAUACGUUUACAGCAAAAGUGUACCAGAUGUGUGGAACUCCAGGUGAACCAGGGACAGGAAGUCCUGCCCUUCAUGAGCAGAGGAGGAAGAGUGGCUCCCUGACCGCCUCAGAAUACAAACCCUCCCCGACUGCUGGACUCAGACUGGAGAUGCAGGUAUCAGACCUCUCCAGUAAGCUGAGGGAGAUGCGACAGUACUGGACCCAGCUGCCCAUGGCACUUUGCAGCAAACUGGCAGCAGGAGGUGCCAGUCAGGAUAAAUGCUGGAAUGGCAUUACCAAAGCCAGAUAUCUCCCAGAGGUGAUGGGUGACGGCUUGGCCAGUCAGAUCAACAACCCAGAAGUGGAGCUUGACAUCACAAAGCCAGACAUGACGAUCCGGCAGCAGAUCAUGCAACUCAAAAUUAUGAGCAACAGGCUGAAAAAUGCAUUGGAUGGCAACGAUGUGGACUUCCAGGAUGCAAGUGACGACAUCAGCGGCUCAGGAAGCGGGAUGUGUGUAGGUGGACAGUGUAGUCGGAGCAGACCGGGAUUGUACGCCUACUCGCCAGACAACAACCGAGUUAGAGGCGCAGCCACGUCCCAAACCUGCCUCUGUAGCCUCCCGCUCCUGCUCCCAUUGGUCAUCCUGCUGCUUCAGCGAUGAUGGACCGCUGCUGCUGCUGCCUCCAGUCAGACUCUGAUGUCUACAGCAGGGCUGAACCUUGGGACAGACAAAAAAAAAAGGGGGUUUGGUGGGGGGAAGAUUGGAAAGUAACUUUGCCAAAAAAUUGAAAAAGACAUUUUGGGGAGUAAAUGGACAAGAUUUUCUUUGACCGAGAGGAGCAAAAAUUGACAGUGACAAUACUCUUUGUUUUGUUUUGCUCAGUCUUAAUAUGUCUUAGUGUGAGUGUGAUUCAGUUUGUUGAGCUGGUUUCAGUGGAUUCUUGGGAUGAGGAUUAUGAGAGAAGAAGAAGAUGAAGAAGACAAAGAGAAUGAUGACCUUACAGUGAUGAAGAUGAUGAGGAUAUUGAUAAUGAUUUAUUGACUUUCUAUCAGGUCCAUUUAGCUCCAGCGUCCAGUCAGCAGGUGGCACAGCUCAGUGAAAAAAAUGCUUAGUGCCCCGAUGUGUGGUGCGUUCAACAACACUUUUUUAUUUUACUUUAUUUUUUAACUCGAGGUUGUCUACCUUUACAAACAUUGUGUAAGCUGUAAAUGUUUGUGUACAUUAGCUAAAAGACUGGCACCAUAUUCAGCCAUGAAUGUACAGUAUAAUACUAUAUUGGCAAUGAAUCCCCCAUAAUCUGUGAUGUAGUUGUCCAGAUGUUUUUGGUGUGUGUUGGCAUAAACAGAUACAUUCAGUAUGAUUCGUCUGAAAUACUAUUGCAGAUAAAUUAUCACACUCCUGAAAUGUAUGAGAUGUUGUGAUUGCAAGAUUUUACCUCACUUUGACUCUAUACCCAACCAUUUCAAAAAGAAAAAGGAAACAACCACUUUUUUAACAACUCAUCACCUUUGUAAAGAAAUAAUCCGUCUCAUCAAAGCACAGACUAGCAGUUUCGUUAAGUCCUUUGAAAUUACAUCGGACAUUUGUGACAUCACUCUCACCAGGUUUUGUAACUGCAAAAUAUUAAAAAAAAAAAAAAGCAAUCACUAUAAAAAAAAGAUAAGGUUUUCAGUUUUUGUACAUACGGUACAGGAGAUUUGCAGAAUAUUGACAACAUGUGUACGUUAGCCUGGUGAUACAUCACUGACUCGGCAUGCCUCUUUUUCAGUCUACACUACUAUACUGGUACAUAUGGGACUUCUAAUUCACACAAAUGGCAGACCUCUUGCACACACAUUUACACACACUGGGGUUGUGUAUUAAGCUGAUUUUUAUUCAUGAGUGUAUUGAAUCUCACAUUUCAUUCAUUAAACUCUGUUUGAGUGUUGCAGUGGA